CAUUGCUUAUGUGACUAGAGGAGCAUUGAGGGUUGAGGACCAUCCACAGGAGUAGAAGAAACAGACCCAAGAUAUGAAAAUUUUAAGUGGGCCCCACCAAAACACAUACAUGCAUGCAUUGAUGGUUUUGCUAUUUUUGUAGUACAAGAACCAGAGGAAGAGAGCUUUCAAGAUGGGUUUUGAAAGAGUAUUGAAUCUUGAGAGUAUUGGAGCUGUUGUUCAGUGAUCGGAGUAAGUGGGCCACCAUGGGGGAUAUCGUCAUCAGCCAUCCUCCACAGGAACAACUGCAGGAUCUAGAAUUCUGCAUCGACUCGAAUCCACCUUGGGAUCAAACAAUGAUAUUGGCAUUUCAGAACUACAUUUUAAUGCUCGGGACGUCUGUGAUGAUCCCAUCCAUGCUGGUCCCUCUGAUGGGUGGUAGUAAUGGUGACAAAGCAAGGGUCAUACAGACACUCCUGUUUGUAGCUGGCAUUAAAACGUUACUUCAGACACUAUUCGGAACUCGGUUGCCUGCAAUUAUCGGUGGAUCUUAUGCUUUCGUGAUACCCGUCCUCUCAAUCAUAGGCGAUCCUUCACUACGUCAGAUUUCAAACAAUCAAGAAAGAUUCUUACAAACCAUGCGUGCAAUUCAAGGAGCGGUUAUCGUCGCAUCGAGUUUGCAAAUCGUCAUCGGUUAUAGUCAGCUAUGGGGAAUCUUCUCACGAUUUUUCAGUCCGCUGAGCAUGUCUCCAGUAAUGUGCUUACUCGGUCUGGGGCUACUGGAGAAUGGCUUUCCCGCGGUCGGAAAGUGUGUAGAAAUUGGAAUUCCAAUGCUUCUCACAGUCAUCGCAUUUUGCCUGUAUCUGAAGCAUAUCAGGAUAUGGAAAGAUACACCUGUGUUCGAGCGGUUCAGCAUUCUUCUGAGCAUCGUGAUCAUAUGGUUGUAUUCCUAUCUCUUGACAGUUGGAGGUGCCUACAGACAUGUACCGGAAAAAACCAAAGAUCAUUGCCGCACCGAUAGAGCUUAUCUGAUAUCAUCUGCACCUUGGUUCAAGUUCCCCUAUCCUCUUCAAUGGGGUGCUCCCACGUUCAAUGCGGGCCAUUCAUUUGCCAUGAUGGCAGCAGUUAUCGUUUCGCAGAUAGAGUCCACUGGCGCUUACAUCGCCGCAUCGCGUUUUGCCAUGGCCACACCGCCACCUGCCUAUGUUCUCAGUCGUGGUAUUGGAUGGCAGGGAAUUGGUGUGUUGCUCGACGGCCUCUAUGGAACUGCCACCGGAUCAACCGUUUCAAUAGAGAAUGUGGGGCUGCUUGGGCUAUCUCGAGUUGGAAGCCGCAGGAUCAUUCAAGUGUCAGCAGGCUUCAUGAUUUUUUUCUCAAUCUUAGGGAAAUUUGGAGCUUUGUUCGCAUCCAUUCCCUUCCCAAUAUUCGCCGCACUCUACUGUGUUCUAUUUGGACUGAUAACAUCUCUUGGACUAUCAUUCCUCCAAUUCACAAACAUGAACUGCAUGAGAAACAUGUUCAUCACCGGCCUCUCUCUUUUCCUUGGGCUAUCCGUUCCGCAGUACUUCAAUCAGUUUUUUUCUUCUUCGGGUCAUGGGCCAGUGCACACGAGAGCAAGCUGGUUUGACGGUUUUCUCAACACGGUGUUUUCAUCGGCGCCGACAGUUGCGUUGAUAGUCGCCAUUGUGUUGGACAAUACAGUAGAUGUUGAGGGGUCAAAGAAGGAUAGGGGAAUGCCGUGGUGGGCAAAGUUCAGAAACUUCAGAGGGGAUGUAAGGAAUGAGGAAUUCUACACACUCCCCUUCAAUCUCAACAGAUUCUUCCCUCCAACCUGAGGGGUUUUUGUGUUUUUUUUUUUUUGGUAUUCCCUGUUUUUGGUCAGGUUUGCAUGUAAGCUGAAAGCAGAGAUUUUGCUUAUGUAAGUAAAUCAUUCAUUCAUGAAUGUAGUCCUUUUGAUGCAUGAAGAUUGUAUCUAUGAAUAUCUCUUUUUGGAUUGUGAGAUAGGAGAAGAAAACUGUAACUAUUAUCCAA